CAAACAGUGACGUCACGUAAGAGGAAGUUGUUUGUUGCACUAUUUCACAGUAGUGGAGACACACACCUGCUGCGUCUGCAUACACGAGCUAGGCUGUAUAGAUUAAGGUUCGUAUACAUUGGCGUGGCCAUAGAGUUCGUUAACUUUAUUCGAUUCGACCAUAACCGAAAAGAGCUAGGACAGGUAGACGUGAAGUGAAGAAUGGCUCAGGUGUGCUUCACUGCUUCCCUCGUCGGGUUUCUCUGUUGUCUGUCGGUUCUAAACGCGUGUAAGUGGGACCCUGACACGGAGCUCGAGCAGGGUCUGGACAUCAGCUCGCUUGAUAACGGCGCGGCUUACCUGGCUCACCUGCCGGAGAUCACGGACGCAGAGCGGUGUCAGAGUGCUUGCUGUGAGAGGGACGACUGCCAGCUCGCUGUGAUCGGGACUCCGGCGGACGACGGCAGGCCAGAGUGCAUCCUGGUCAGCUGCAUGAAAGACGGCAAAGACGUGUGUGUUUUGACCCAGAGCACACAGUUUAAGGUGUAUCGCAAGAUCCUGGAUAGCGCUGAUCAAGAGCCCCAAAACGAGGCCGAAGUUCGCUCUGUAAGCAGCACAGAUCACUGCCGUCUCCCAAGUGUGGUGGGAAUUUGCCGCGCUGCCUUCCCACGAUUUUAUUAUGACGUCACAGAUCAGACCUGCAAGCAGUUCAUCUAUGGCGGCUGUGGAGGCAACGAUAACAACUUUAACUCCCAGGAGGAAUGUGAGGCUUCCUGUAGUGGGGUGACAGUGAAGGUCAUUCCAAGCACCAAGAAGGACCCUGUCGUUCCCAAUUCUUCUAAGAGCUUUGAAGAAACCUGUGCUGCGCCAUUCGACUCUGGUCCAUGCCGUGCAGCCUUCCAGAUGUUUUACUUCGAGUCCAGCACUCAGUCUUGUAAGAGCUUCAUCUAUGGAGGCUGCAAGGGAAACCGAAACCGCUACAGCAGUGAGGAAGAGUGCAUGGCAGCUUGCUCCGGGAAAAACUCAGCCUUCUUCCUAGUGGCCACCCUGGCCAUCAUGUCUGCCCUACUUCUGGUAGGUUUGAUCCUGAUCGCAGUGCGCAGAAACAGAAACAGAAGACUCUUAAUACUGGAUGAUAAGGAGGAGUUACUGCCUGCAGAGGAGCAGGUGUCCUAUGAGAAGCCGCCCAAAGAAGACUCAUGCUAAAGCCAGAGGCCUUUUAGAGUCUGGUACGAAGAUCCAUCUCAUGACACUCCAGCAAUCAGCUGAAUUAAAACUACUAAGUUACAUUAAAGCUCCAAGUUAAGAGUAAAGUUUAUGUUUCAUUUAUUGUUUUAAUUAAAUAUUCUACACCAUUUUUAAACUGUAAAAGUGGGAUAUGUUGGUUGAAAUACUUAUAUUACCUUCUUUGUCAUCUGCCACUUUUUAUGGUUAUAAUCCUACAUAGAAGUAAAUCAGCUUUUAGGGAUGUGGAAUCACAAUUGUUUUUUUACUUCACUUAUAUGUAUGUAUACAUUUAGAAAUUUGAAUAAUUGAUUGAUUGAGUUGUUUUUAAAGGCUUAUAACACUCAUGGCACAUUUCUAGUGAGAAUGAUUCUAUGUAAGUCAUUAAAUCAUUACUACAGUCCAUAGUCCUUGUUGUUCUUUGAUUGUAAGCAUAUAAAAAUGCAGUAGAUAUAAGAAAAUAAAAAUGCAUACAUGAGAAAAUAAAAUAUACCAUAACAGAAAAUGUUUUGUAUAUAUAUAUGAACAUGUAUUAUCCUGUAGUAGCAGCAGUUGACUUUUGAUGACUCUUUGCCCACUAAUGAAUGUCCUGUAACUGUGACCUAUAACUGUUUAAUUCAUAUCAGCCUUUACUUUUUUUUUUUUUUUUUUUUUUUUAAGCAUUGUUAUUUUGAAAUCUUCAAUAAUAAAGGAAAUUUAUUCAAUUCGG